AUGUAUAGACCAACUACGAAGAAUGAAUGGUGGCUAUGUGGCCUACUGUUCACGCAGGGUAUCUUGACAAUCGCCCUUGAGAUCUAUAUACUUGUGCAAUGGCAAUUAUGGGUAACACCCACAAUCAUUCAGGUUGUGGUAUCUUACAUGAUUCCAGUCACCCUGGCAAUUUUGAUUUUUGCUUGUGUCUACGAAUUCAUUCUUGCCUUGGAUGCAAUUCACAACAAAAACAACUUUCUCCUUUGUGCAAUCUACAUUAGUAAUAUGUGCAGUUUCGCGUACUCUGUUAUGAAGUACCAACUGAUGGAAUCGACCACUACGAGGCUAUUUAAAGAUCGCUAUAGUCUUCCAACUUUGGUCGAUACCACCCGCAAUGUCUGGCCUCUGAUCCAGCCGGCUUUGAUCGCUGUGUGUGUCAUCAUAGGAGUUUGCACUCUGGUUAUGUCGCCGUGUGUAUACUUCCUACACAGAGAAUAUUCCUGGACUAUCUACAAAUGUGUUCAUGGAAGCCGGCAAACCCGCACGCGGUAUCUGUUCUACGAGAUCUUCUUGGUCCUGAUAAAACUCAACUUCUACUUCUUGAUUGGGUUCAUCAUCCAAUAUAACUUGAUCGACGUCCAUUCCAUCGGACUAGAGUACAUAUUAACCAUGUGCCUCAUCCCAGUUGCUUUCAUCUGCAUGCUGCUUGGUAUAUACUUCGUUCAACAUGAGCGAACAUGGGGUGUGGUUGGUGUUAUAAUAUGCUACUUGGGUCUAGUCGCAUAUCUAAUUAGCCGUAUUAUCAUUCUCUGCAAGGAUUCUUUUCUAGGGAAAGAUAUGAUGCUUCUCUUUGCCGUUGUCUCAUUGCUACUCACCGUUGCAACGGUUGCUUGCGCCAUUGUGUGCAUUACAAACUUCCAUCAAGGCUUCAAGAUGAUCAACAGAUCGAAGAACGGUGUCGCGCAUGAUUCAUACUUUUUGCAAACAGGAUUUCUCCCUUUGUCACAUCCAUCUUCACGCCCGCCCUCUCGGCUUACAUUGGAUUAA